AUGACAGACCUGCUCACGGGCCUCGCGCCGCGCCCGUCCACGCCAGUUCCGGGCUUCUGGCGGGUCCUCGCGCCGGCCGUCGUCAAAGUCCGCGUCUUUGCCCUACCGCCGGCGCUGCCUCCGAGCAGCAACGAGAGCGAGGUUGAGCCUCCUGCUGCUGCUGCUGUUGCUGCUGCCGCUACCGAGCUCCCAGCGAAAGAGGGCACCCCGGCACCCGCACCCGCCCCUACGCCCAGCACGAAUGGCCUCGCACUCCCCGGCGGCGCGCAGCGUGCGCCGACCCCGCAACCUCCAUCACAACCCGCCGUACCCGCACCAGCACCAGCAUCAGCACCUGCGCCGACCGCUACCGCCGGCGCCACCGCCGCUCCCCCCGCACCCGCCUCGUCGCCCCGCGCGCUCGUCGACUCGCUCCGGCACGACCCGUUCGAACGCGCCUGGCGCACCCUCAACUCGGAGGGCAUGGACGGCGUGGCCCCCGACGCGGCGUCCGCAGCGCGCGGGCUGCUCGACUCGGCGUGUGCCGUCGUCCGGCCCGCGAGCGGAGAGCGCGGGCGCGAGCUCUGGGUCUUUGGCGGCGAGGACGAGCUCGCGCUCGACGGCCUGACCGAAUCCGACCCCCCCGCCCCCAUCACCAUCGCAUCGACCGUCACUUGCCCCGAGCACGGACACUCGCUCGCCUGCCUCUCGCCUGCAGCGGACGACGCCGGCGCCCGCCGCUCCUGCUCGCCGUCGUUCACGCCGCCCGAGCCCGCGUGGAGCGUGUUCAAAGCCGCCGUCGGGGAGAAGCUCGCGUGGCGGCUCGGCGCGCGGCUCGCCCUCCUCGCACCCGAGGCGAGCGUCGCCUCGACCCCGCCGUUCGACGUCUCACUCACGCCUGUGCCGGGCGCGCUGCUGCUCACUGCGCGCCCGCAGCCGCUGGUCCACUGUGCGCCGCGCCCGAUCGGCGCAGCGUUCAAACCUGGCCGCGAGGCGGGCAUCGAGCCGUACGUCCUCUCGCCGCUCGCGCUGCCUGCGCUCUUGCUCGCCCCGCACCAUGCCACGACCGCGCAGGACGCGCGCCUGGCCGCCGCGUUCGAUAGCGCACUCGGCUGUGGUUGGCGUUCGGGGCGCACAGAGGCGCGCAUCGCGGCCCAGGCCGCGGGACACCGGCCGCAGCCCGACUGGGCAGUGUACUUUGUCCCGCUGGAGCAGCGGCCCACGCCUGCGAUGCUGGAGCGCAUGACUCCUCUGCCGGUGGCAACGAGAUGGCGCGGCGUGCAAGGUGUGCUCACUGUCUGGCCGACGCACCUUACGCGCCCUCUUGCGCCAGAGCGGAGGGUCACGCCGACGCGGCCGCCUCAGCCUGGCCCGGGGCUCGGCACGCCGGCCGACCUGCUUGGCUUUGCUGUCGGUGCAUUCGACGUGCUCACAAACUACAUCGAGCCGCCUUCCGACGACAGCCCAGAGGAUGACGAGAACGAGCUGCCGGGUGACGAGGUCGCCGACGACACGAGCAGCAAGAGAGAAGAGGAGGGCGCGAGCGAGGGUGACGACCUGUUCUCAUCCCACUCUGACUCGCCCGUGCCGCCGUCCAUGGCCGAUGUGGACAUGGUGGACGGGGAGCAGGAGUCGCAAGUGCCCGACGACGCGACGAACGCGGGCGACGACGCGAUGGACGAGGACGCCAAGGAGCUGUUCUCGGCGUCCGUGUUUUCGACCCCGCGCCCCGCGCCUGCUGCCGAGGAGGCGGAAGACGACGACCUCUUUGGCUCGGACACGGGUGGUGAUGCCGGCCUGACUGUGCCGCUGCCGAGGGAGCCGUCCACCCGCGGUCCUAGCAGAGGCGUGAGCGAGACGGGCGAGGUCGACAUCACCGAGGACGACUUCAACUUCUUCGACUCUCCCGCUGUGGAGACGGUGGCGCUGGAACCUGUGGCUGAGGCCAAGGCCGAAGAAGUCGACAAUGCGACGACACCAAAGGCCGAGGCCGCGGCGCCCGAGGUGCCGGAGGUGAAGGAGCCAGAGAGCAAGCCUGAGCCUCCAACCGAGCUGUCGGUGACCUUUGCGGAAGAAGUCCAGGAGAGCGAACCGCCCAAGAACGACGAACCCGAGAUUAUCGAGGUCGAUGUGGUGGCAGAACCCGAGCGAGAGGCAGACCCCCGACCAGCCAAGAGGGCACGGGUAUCCGUCGACAUGGUACCUCCAGAGUUUGCGCCAUUGACGCUGGGUAAGCGCCGACGCGCGCGGUUCGCGUACGGGCUCCCAUCGCCUUCGUCGCCGGUGGACAACCUCCGCAUCGAGCUCGUGGAGCGGUUGCGCGCGUCGCAAAAGCCACAAAAGUACAACUACUCGUCUGGGUGGGACCUGGACACUGACGAGUCGGACACGGAGGACGACUCGGCGUUCACGACAGGCGCACCGCCGACCCCGACUUCUGACACCAUGGGCGACGACGGCACACCAGCACCCCGCCAGUCGAGCGACGCGUUGCCAGCGCCUGUGGGCGACGACGAGGUCGAGUUUGACGGCACGGUGUGUGUCGGCAGCGAGUGGACCAGCUUGAAAGAUGACAUUGGCGCCGCCGAGACGCUGGCACGAGCGUGGAACCCCGUGUGGGUCGACAUUGGUCUCGACAUCCCCUCAAUUUACCCCCCCUCGCCGCGGUCACCGCGCACCCAGCUGGACGGCGACUUCCUCGGCACGCUCAACAUUGAGGCGCUGGCCAAUGCGGUCGUGCGCAACCGCUUCUUCCGCUCCGUGUUCGAUGCCGACACGGCGACGCACGCGCCAGUCCGCCUUCCGGGCCCGCUCGUCAAGUCUGGCGUCCAGCUCUCCGAGCUUGCCGAGGCAAAGGCCCCAGACGCCGAGUCCAAGUUCCCUAGCUACACCCUCCCGAACGCCUUCGUGAAUGUUGGUUACGGCUCAAGCAUCAUGCGUAUCGGCGCCGCGGCGCUGAGAUACUGGCGCGAGCUGGGCCUGUCACCCAGCGGCGGACCCAAGGCUAUCAAGGCCUUUGUCGUGUGCGAAGUUGGAGAUGACGCCACGGCCGUAGCCAAGGACUUCCUCAGGGAUAUUUCAGAAACGUAUGAGGCGUACAACCUCGGAACGCAUACCGCCGGCGAGGACGAACUGGCGACAGACGGAAUCGUCUCCAUUGCGCCGUCUGCCAUUGCUGACGCUACUGUCAAAAUCCGCGCACGCGCAACAUCACCGACCGUCAUCUACGUCAUCUCAUACAACCAAAGCCUGUCGGUGUCGGCCCUCGCGCCGCUUCUGGGAUCGGCGUCCAACACGUCGUGGAUGUACGUUGUCCCCGCGUGGUCCAUCAGCGUGGCCAACCUUCCGGGCAUGGCGUUCGAAGUGUACGAUCUUGUCCCGCGCGAGAUCCGCCGCGUGACACCGCACGGCAAGGCGCUGGACGCGCCGACGGCAUGGAUGCCAUACCACGCAUUCACGCUUUCGCCCGACCCGGCGCCCAAGCCCCAGCUCAGCAUGGCUUGGCCACAGCGUAGUUUCGACGUGCUCAACCGCUGGCGUCUCGUCCACGGCGCAUACACCUUCAUCCCUUCUCUCGACAUCCUCCUCAUUGCCGUCGUCGACACGAACGGCGACGCGUGUACACUGCGCGCGCUCCGCCUCGAGGGCAAGGGCUCGGCGCGUGAGCGUGUCGCUGCGGCCUGGGACGUGUUUGCACAGUUUGCCGCCAGGGCUGCGACCGAGUGGCGGUUGGUCAUCUGCAGCUAUGGGAUCAUGCCCAAGGACGAACUUGACGCUUGGCGUGCGCUUGCAACGGGGCGCCAGACGCCCUUGUCGAUCGUCAUGGUGGACCCACCAGCCCCAAACGGUGGCCCCGUGCGCUCGCGACCAGCUGUCGCCAACAUUCCGCCGGCGACAUUUGGCGACCCAUCAGCAACGAUCGUGGACGAGACCCUCGCCGGGUCAUCCGUGCCUCUGUCGUACCGGCCGCCAGUGGACGUUGUGUCCAGCUUGACGGGGGACGGCGCGAUAACGACGACUCUCUUCCCGCUCUCGUCGUUUGUUGUUGGUGUCGCGACGCCGACAGGCACGUCAACAGCCUCGGCGGUCUAUCAUGUCGUGUUCGACCGUGGGCUGCCCAACGUCAGCAGCGACCCGCACGCGCUCCUUGCGCCAGAGUUCCACCGCUUGACAUGUCUUGGUCGGAGGCGUUACGGCCUGGACGGCAGCCUGCCGAUCCAUCUGGAGAGCGUGGGGGCUGCCCGCCGUGCACUCGAGGCGAUCGUUGCCAACGCCCCCGCACCACCAGAACCAACACCAGCCAAGGUUCCUACCCCCGCGCCUGUCCCCGCAGCCGUGGAGAAGGUCGUAUCUGUCGAAGAUCUCGCGCGGCAAGUGUCCCCCGUCGUCGCGGCGGCGGCCGCCGCAGUUGUUGGCACGCCUGUGCCCAGUUAGCCGCGGGGUGCGGCUGCCCCACCAUCACACCAUCACGUGUACAUUGCCACAGCCCUACCCAUCGGUUCGCUUGCAUGCAUCGUUG